CUACUCCAUAGUAAUUAGUAUCGUUCCUGAUGGAUAAGAAUAGAUCUCUCCACAGUCCACCAUCCCCCAAUAACCAUCUCCGACCCACUCACUCUUCUUCCCCGCCUUCAAUUUUUCUCCAACACCGCCAUCACCAUCACCCCUCACCACCAACCACUACAACCACAACCACACCACCCACCCCAUCACCAGCACCACCACAACAAAAAUGUCCACCCUAGACGACAUCUUCGGCUCCUCCCCCCCAGCCCCAUCCCACCACCACCCCAACCCCAACGCAUCCCACCCCACCGAACCCUCCGACCUCCCCUCCCUCCGCCGCCAACACGUCACAGCCGGCUACCGCGACGGCAUCGAAGCCUCGAAAUCCACACAUGUGCAAUCCGGCUUCGAUGCCGGAUUCCCCGUGGGCGCACAACUCGGCAUGCGAGCCGGCACAAUCCUCGGUAUUCUCGAGGGUGUGUUACGGGGCUAUGAUUCCCAAUCCGUGAUCAAGAAACAAUUACCUGGACGGAAGCCCCCAACAACUACAACCAGCACGGAUACAAAUGGUGCUGUUGGGAUAGAUGAGGCGGAGAAAAGGGCAGCGAAACGCGCACACAUCCUCGCGUUGUACCAACAAGCCAUUACGGAAUUGGAUGUGCGGAAGGUGUUCGAGGGGAUCAGUGAGGGGGAGUUAACGUCUUCGGAGGAAAAGGUUGAGGGGAGGCUUGGGAGGCAGGGAGAGGGGGUUGUUGGGAAGUGGGAGGGGAGGGUGAGUGUUCCGAGGUGGGAGGAGAAUAUGGAGGCGUUGGAGAUGAAGGAGGUGAUUGAGGGUGCUGAGGGGGAUGGGGAGGGGAGGUGAGGAUGGAUGGAUUGAUGGAUGGAUUAUGAUCAUGAUGAUGGUACUUUUAUGAUUGCCCCUGCGUCCGUCGGGAUCUGCUUCAUGUCAGUCCGGAUGAAUGGACGGCGGCUGCGUAUGUCGAGGAUCCGAUCCCCUGCUGCUGUAGCAGCAGGCAGGCAGGUAGACUGUCGCGGUCGAGACGGGGC